AUGCCGGAACUACCUGAGGUCGAAAGAGCCCGUAAGCUCAUACACGAGACAUGUAAAGGGUACAAAAUUAAAUCGGUCGAUUCGGUGGAAGACAAGAUCGUCUACACCGGUGGAGACGAUCACAAGGCUUUUGCUAAAGAAAUCACUGGACGAAGCAUCAACGGAUGUGAGAGGAAAGGUAAAACUUUCUGGAUGAUACUCUCGGGAAAAGGUAGAUUCCCAGUCAUGCAUUUCGGUAUGACAGGUAUGAUCCAACUUAAAGGUCAGGAACCUACUUGGUAUAGGAGAAAGCCUAGAGAGAGUUCUAAAGUCUGGCCACCUAGAUUUCAUAAAUUUGUACUCAAACUCGAACCUCAGCCUGGUUCAGUAGGUGACGAGCCAGUAGAACUUGCUUUUCUUGACGGUCGUAGACUUGGCAGAUUGAGACUUCUUCCUGAUCCCGUUACAUCCCAUCCGCCCGUUUCCGCAUUAGGCUUCGAUCCAGUCCUGAAUCAUCCCACUUUUGACGAGUUUCAGAAUUUGAUAGCGAAGAAGAAGGGUACUGUAAAGGGGAUGAUAAUGGACCAGUCAUUCAGUGCGGGCGUGGGAAACUGGGUAGCAGAUGAAGUCCUAUACCAAGCUCGUAUACAUCCCUCCUGUCCAGUCAACCACCUUUCUCCUCAGAAUAUCAAAGACCUACACUAUCAAAUUCGAGCCGUGCCCCUCAAGGCGGUAGAGGUAAAUGCGGACUCCCGUCAGUUCCCUGAAGACUGGCUGUUCCGCUGGAGAUGGAGUAAAGGGAAGAAACAAUCCAAGGGGAAGAAGAAGGCUGAAGAGAUCGACGAAGAGGGAGAAGAAGCAGAAGAGAUCAAACCUGCAGGAAAGGACUAUCUCGCUUUGCCUAAUGGCAAGCCCGCUACGAUAACGUUUAUAGAAGUUGGAGGUCGGACCACAGCGGUCGUAGAGGAAUUACAGAAGAUGCCAGAAGGCGUGGAGAUCAAACCUAAGAUAAGUAAAAGUGGGAAAGGUAGUCAGAGUAAGAAGAGGUCGAAAGGGAAUAACUCGGAUGAUGGAUCUAGCGGGCUAACAUCGGAGAACGAGACAGAAACGACGACACCUGUCAAAGUUACGACCGCCAGACAGAAAUCAAGAUCGAAUAAGAAGAUCAAAACGGAGGAUGAUGGAGUUGUUCAAGAUGUGAAAGUAGAAAUCGAUGAAAAGCCGAGCAGAAAGCCUCGAAAGUCCACUUCAAGAAUAGAGACAGACCCCCAAACUUCCUCUCUAGGCAAAUUCACAAACGGCAAACCACGAAAGUCGAAACUUACGGCAAGAUCAACCAAAUCCCGUGGCAAAGGUUCACAGAUGAAUUCAGAGGUUGGAGAUGGGUCAUCGGAUUUAUCAGACUUGCCUUCGGAGCCAAGUUGA